AUGUACAAACUGAAAGCCUUUAGACACAAGCCCUCGCCUGUUCAGUCUAAUCCUGUGCCAGCUCGUCCAGACUCUGCCUGGGAGGCUAUCGGACCAGCAAGGCUUCAUCUAGAAGAGGAACUGGGAAAGCUGUACUGGGAUGGGAUCAAGCUCGAAGUGCAAAACAUCAUCCACACGUUGCAUAUCUGGCGACAGCCCGAAUACGUUAGCAUUCAUGUGGACAACGACGAUCACAUCCAUGGGUUCGAUACUUUUAUCGACCAUGUAAGUCUGGAGGCGAGACAAUACGCCAUUGAAUAUGCAAACGAAAAGCAGAGCGGAUCAACGAGCUCCUCCAAGGAUCCUUAUAUCGCCUCUCUAGAGAAUGUCAUCCGAGACGCGCAGGCCGAGCGCUCCAGGAUCAAAGUACGCACUGAACUACGAGAACUGCUACGAACAGACACCCCGAAAUACACUGGAGUACACCACCUAGCAUGGACGCUCCUCCAAGCAGCUGGCUUCCUGGACAUCGACAAACUCAUCGAGCAUGUCCCAUCUAAAGCCCCCAGCACUCCCCAACUCAAAAUAUCCAGCAUCAACAAACAGGGCAUCCCGACAUUCGCCCCCCAAGAAUGCACCUCCUGCAACGCCAUCAUCCAAGGCAGCAUGUUCACCAAGCCACCCGUCACAAUGAUCUGCGAAGACUGCUACUUUGCCCAACACUACGGCGACGCCUCCUUCACCAAGAAACACAAGUACUGCAUCCUCGAGACCAUCGACGCACCCAUGAGCCAGCGUCUCUGCCUCUGCCGCGACGUCGUCCGCGUCGACUCCCAGGGCCGCAUGCGCAAUCUAUUCCCCAUCGCCGCGGGCGACAACCAUCUCAACGUCGCCGGCGGACUAAGGUGUAUGCUGUUGCGGCUGGGUGAUCUCGUCACCCAAGCCAAAUACGAGGGACUUCUCGCCUUACUGCGCCCCCCGCAGACUCAGACCAAACGCUCUCUAUCGCAGCGCAUCUCCAUCCGCGGGCGUAGGCGUGAACCUGAGCCCUCGCGCCAACCCACGCCAACAGAUGCGGACGUCGCCCAGCUGCUCAACGAGAUAGAAGAGAGAUACCCCGCGCAGAGAUCCACGGCGCUUCGCGUCGGUCCAAUUCUCGUCGAGAUAGCCCACGGCAGGAUAGUGAUAUCGCCGCGCGAGCCAGCAGUCUUCCACGAGAGACUCCCACCGUCCGCGCGACGCUAUCUCGCCAUCGCUGCGGACAGCACCCUGUCCCAACAGCAGCGGCUAGCGACACCAAAACGCACCCUCGCCGUGCUGAAGCAGGUCAUCGGCGCCCCAUUCACCAGUCUCGACGACAGCCCUCUAGAGACUGAGAUCGUCAACCUCCUCGUCGCAGCCAGCGAGACAGACUCCCCGUCAGAAGACACCAUACAAACCCUCCUCGACAGCCUGCACGCCCUGCUCAGCCCCCGACUGACAACCUACCUUGCCAGUCUCACCACCCGACUCACCGAAUCCCCAUCCCCCAGCGACUCCCUCACCUCCCUCCUCGACGCAUCCCUCUUCGCGCCUCUCAUCCCAAACACAGAACCAGAACCACCCCUGUACCUCCUCAGCUUCCUCUCCACCCCACCAUCCCCCCGCCCCGUCCCGCAUACCAAACACGACAUCGCCCCAGGCCUCAUAGAAACCUACCUCCGCGCCCCGCUCCACCGCUCCACAGACUUCCUCGACGCAUCAACAGAAUACUGGACAGACUGGGUUGCCCCGGCCCCCGUCCCAGACCCCAAAGCCACAACCCCCCUCUUCCCCUGGGACUGCACAGAAGCACACAACCCCGCCACCACCCGCUGCGGCAGCUGCCCGCUCUCCAAGCACCUCUGGGCAUACCCGCUGGACGCAUGGUCGACGCUCGCGCACCACCUCAUACGCCCACAGUUCCUCUACCCGCCACAAAACAACAGCACAGACUGGGCCGUCAACAGACGCACCCUGCUCGCUGCGUCGGAAACGCUAGUAAAAGGCGCCGUGGCUAUGACCCGCUCUCCGCGCUUUUGCGCCGCGACGGCUUGGCUAUCGACCCCCGUCGACUGUGAGCAUCGUCCUGCGACGCUGGAGCGGAUCGCGCCGUACGCGCGGACGGGGGGAAUACACUGUGCGCGGCCGCCGUGUCGGCCUGUGUUGCUUGCGCCGUGGGCGGGUCUUGACACCGCGCUGCGGAGGGAGUGGGCCUGUACUCGGGGAGGAUGCUGCAAAUGUUUAUAUGCGGGCUGGGAGGACUGCCACUACAGCUACUGUAGCCACCGCUAUAGGAGUUGGUGUUGGGCUAGGGUUAGCGACUGUCACGACGGAUGCGCAGAUCGGAGUGGUCUGGUGCGAGGUUGA